CAGAUACGUGAGGUUGUCUGUUAGUCCAGGGCGUGCUGCCUAGCUCGUUUCAGAAGAAUUCAGAUACGACACGGUGCUAGCUUAUUGCUUAACCAUUCAUUCGAGGAGAAGGCAAUCCAGACCCGGCCCUCCCCGUCUCCGUCUAGCUGGAGAAACUCCGAUGUCCAUGGAAUCCGUCGCCGUCGUGGCGGUGCCGUUCCCGGCUCAGGGCCACCUGAACCAGCUCCUGCACCUGUCGCUGCAGCUCGCGGCGCUGGGCCUGCCCGUGCACUACGCGGCGCCGGCGGAGCACGUCCGGCAGGCCCGCGCCCGCGUGCACGGCUGGGGCGACGACGCCCUCCGCCGCGUCCGGUUCCACGACCUCGCCAUCUCCGGGUACGUCUCGCCACGGCCCGACCCCGCCGCUGUAUCGCCGUUCCCGUCCCACCUCAUGCCCCUGUGGGAGGCCUUCACCGCCAGCGCGGCCGCCCCGGUCGCGGCGCUCCUCCGCGAGGCCUCCGCGUCCCACCGCCGCGUCGUGGUCCUGUACGACCCACUGAACGGCUUCGUCGCCGAGGAGGCCGCGCGGCUGCCCAACGGCGAGGCGUACGCCCUGCACUGCACCGCCGUGUCGUCCAUCGUCGGGCGGAUGGAAGAUGGGAACGCGCUCGUGCGGGAGCGCGGGCUCGGGUUCCUCCCCCUCGACGAAUACGUGACGGAGGAGUUCUUGGAGUACGCCAUCAAACGGGCGAGGGCGGAGGAAGGGAUCGCUUCACCAGCCGGCUUGCUCGCCAACUCGUGCCGCGCGCUCGAGGGCGAGUUCAUCGAUUUUCUCGCCGAGCAAAUGGCGACCGGCGGCAAGAAGUUGUUCGCCAUCGGCCCGUUGAACCCCCUGCUCGGCGCGAGCGCGCCCGAGCACAGCAGCAAAAGGCACCACGAAUGCCUCGACUGGCUCGACGAACAGCCACCAGCAUCCGUGCUCUACGUGUCGUUCGGCUCGAUGUCCUCGCUGCCAAGGGAGCAAAUCGUGGAGCUCGCCGCGGCGUUGCGCGGCAGCCACCAGCGGUUCAUCUGGGUGCUGCGCGAUGCCGACCGCGGCAACAUAUUCGCGGACAACGGCGAGACCCAGCACGCGAGGCUGCUUGCCGAGUUCACCAAGCAGACCGAUGGGAGGGGCCUGGUGGUCACCGGCUGGGCGCCGCAGCUGGAGAUCCUGGCGCACCCUGCCACGGCGGCCUUCAUGAGUCACUGUGGUUGGAACUCAACCAUGGAGAGCAUGAGCUACGGGAAGCCCAUCCUGGCGUGGCCCAUGCACUCCGACCAGCCAUGGGACGCGGAGCUUGUGUGCGAGUACCUCGGCGCCGGAUUUCUGGUGAGGCCGUGCGAGAAGCAGACCAAGGUGACACCGGCGGCAACCAUACAGCCGGUGAUCGAGAGGAUGAUGGUCUCUGACGAAGGGCGCGCGGCGCGGCAGCGCGCAGCGGAGGUCGGCGAGGCCGUCCGCGCGUCCGCGGCUGCCGGGGGAUCAUCCCGAAAGGAUUUCGAGGACUUCAUUGCUCACAUCACAAGGUGAUGCCAGAAUGCGCCCCGGUUGGGAAACGUCUUGUUUGUUUCAAUUUGAAUUCCCGCUGUGUUUGAUUCUCCAAAUCGAAAGGAGAGUGAAUUGGAUUUUCCUAGUUUGUAAACUAAGUUGAUAGUAUAUUCCUGUCGAUGCUUCCACGGUCCACGGAUCCAAAGUGAUGGCAAUGGGUGGUGCAGGGAGACCGUUGAUCGGUCGAGCGUGAAAUAUGCUGGAUCGGCUUAACCCAAAGAGACGCAAAGAGGGUGCCGGUGGUUUCAUUAUUGGAAAACAAUGUCAAGGUAGAAUAAGCUCCAUGAGUUAUGACUUUAAGUCCUAGUUGCAUACAAUGAGAGACCUAA